CGUCGGAGUCCUGGGUUUAAUAGAGAGAGUCCCCAUACGCUUGUAUUUAUCAGCAAUAUACAAUUAUAAAGGCCUAAAUUUAAAAAAAAGAGAGAGAGAGAAAUUCCCCUCCCCCGCGAAAUCGCUUCAUUGCAUAAACCUGGGGGGGGCGGGAGAGGGGGUCCCUUCCGAUCCUCCCUCCUGACGCCCCCCCCAGCAGGCCCCCUCCCCCACCAUUGAAAGCCAUGAAUUUUGAAUUUGAGAGGGAGAUUGGGUUUAUAAACAGCCAGCCAUCGCUCGCCGAGUGUCUGACUUCCUUCCCCGCUGUCUUGGAGACAUUUCAAACUUCAUCAAUCAAGGAGUCGACAUUAAUUCCUCCUCCUCCUCCUCUGGAGCAAACCUUCCCCAGCCUCCAGCCCGGCGCCUCCACCCUUCAGAGACCCGGGAGCCAAAAGCAAGCCGAAGAUGGGCCUGCUCUGCCGCCGCCGCCACCGCCGCCGCCGCCACCGCCACUCCCCGCCGCCCCCCCAGCCCCCGAGUUCCCCUGGAUGAAAGAGAAGAAAUCCGCCAAGAAACCCAGCCAAGCCGCCGCAUCUCCUUCUCCAGCCGCUUCCUCCGUCCGGGCCUCUGGGGUCGGAUCUCCUUCAGAUGGCCCGGGACUGCCGGAGAGCGGCGGCGGCGGCGGCUCGCGCAGGCUGCGCACGGCCUACACCAACACGCAACUGCUGGAGCUGGAGAAGGAGUUCCACUUCAACAAGUAUUUGUGCCGGCCGCGACGCGUGGAGAUUGCCGCUUUGCUGGACCUCACCGAAAGGCAGGUCAAAGUCUGGUUCCAGAACCGACGCAUGAAACACAAGCGGCAGACUCAGCAUCGGGAGCCGCCGGAUGGGGAGCCAGGCGGGCCGAGCGCCCCGGAUGACUCGGGAGACCCAGCCGAGGAACCCGCAGUUAGCCCCGGCGGCACCUCCGCCUCUCACCGGCUGCGAGAAGCCUGCUUCUUCCCGGCCGAAGCCGCGCAGGGUCCCCGGGGUGCACCGCUACCCGCGCCUCCUGCCACUCCCCUGGAGAGUGUGGGCGCGCCGAGCCCCGGCUGCACGAUGCUCAGAACCCGAGGCCUGCAGCCAGAGCCCCUGCCCGAAGACACCUGCCCUGAGCGGCCGGAUUCGCCUUUCCUGCCCGACCUCAACUUCUUCGCUGCAGACUCCUGUCUCCAGAUGUCCGGAGGCCUUUCUCCCAGCCUGCAGGGCUCUCUGGACAGCCCCGUCCCCUUUUCCGAGGAAGAGCUGGACUUCUUCACCAGCACGCUCUGUGCCAUCGACUUGCAGUUUCCCUAACCUUUUUUUCUUUCCUUGACCCUUUCCACCUGGUCCUCUUCGGCUGUUGGGGAAAAAAAUAUAUAUAUCGAGCCUUCUCUACCCCUAGUCACAUUUACGUGUUUUGCUAAAAUUCAGGUAUUAAUGAAUUAGCGCUUAAUCCACUCCCUCCCUUUCACUUUUUAAAAACCACACAGAAAAAUUCCAUUUGGUAAAACUCCUUCCAACGAAAUCUCAGGAAUAAUUAAACUCUAGUGGGGGAGGGUUUUCUUAAAAAGAACUAGAGGGACCUAUUUUCCUCUUUUUUAAGUUUUAGAUCGUAGAUUAUUUAUUAAAAUUGUUUAAUAAUAGGAAAAGGGGAAAGUAUUUAUUGUACAUUAUUUUCAUAGAUUAAAUAAAUGUCUUUAUAAUACGAAAA